AAAUACAUUAGCCAUGUAUUUACUCCUUAACAAUAUCCAAUGAUCCCUGGCAUUUUCAAUUUGAGCUCUAAUUAUUCUACAUUGAGCACUUCAGCCUUUCUAAGCCUAUCAACCCUAUCAUCUACUUUUCAAUGGCUCUCUCAAAAACAUGGCGCUGAAUGUAGCUAUUCAGCCCUGCCAGGAUGAGUGGCAGUGCCUUUUAAUGAGGGUGGAGUGCUACCACACCUGUGAUUUCUGUGCUGGCCUUUCAACUACUACUGGCACAAUCCAAUGUUUGCAAUGCUCUCUCCUCUGGGUUGCUGGGUAUUAACCUCUGCUAUAGGAUUUACUUUUUGCAGUGUGUUGUCUAGCCACUAAAGAAAAAAAGACUUAUUGAGAAAGGUAACAGUACAGGAUGUUUAGUGUUUGUACUAAAACAAUAACCAAUCAUUAUUUUACAUCUCAUCCUACUCUUGGAAGACAUGCUUACGUAAAGGCUCUUUCACUUCUGUCACAGGUAACAUCCACAGGUUCACUACUAAUAUUAUAUAUUCCAGUCUGUCAUCUGGUGAUCUAUUUUAUAGUGAUGGAACACGGGAUCUAAAACUUUAAGAAGAGAAAAUCACAUAUCGAUGUCUAAACACCGAAAUUACUUGUCAGGAAAAUGUCUGAAAAUAGUUUAAUAUGCACCUCAAAGUCAGCGAAUAAACUCAGUCUUGGACACGCAGAAGAAAUGCCAUCAAUAGGCACACUUGCCAUGAUUUGAGUGGCCUGUCUUGGCAACUUGAGUGCAUGAUAAUUGGAUUCCCGUUAGACUCCGACCUAUUUUAUCUGCUUGAAAAGCGGGACUCCAUAUGAGCUCAUGUAUAGCGCAUAUUUUUGAUGAUAUAAAAUACACUCGCUGAUUUUUGUUUCAGAGAGGUCUCAGCUGCGGAGUUGGAGAAAUGGAAGAAGUCCUUUACCGAUCUCAUAAACAGUGAGGAUGGUUGCCAGGUCUUCACGAACUUCCUGAGGUCAGAGUUCAGCGAGGAGAACAUAGAGUUCCUCAACGCCUGCAAGGAGUUCAAGCAGUUGUCCCCUGCAAAGAUGGCUGCCAAGGCCAAGCUUAUCUUUGUCAAAUACGUUGAGACGGACUCACCCAAACAGGUCAACCUGGAUGCAGCCACACGUGAGGGGACCCGGCAGAACCUGGAGACUGGGAGCCCGUCGGCCUCCAGCUUCGACGAGGCCCAGCGCCUGAUCCACAUCCUGCUGGAGAAGGACUCCUACAGACGCUUCCUCCAGUCUAGAGCCAUGCAGGACCUGAGCCUCCGCUCUGAAAGCCGCAGUACAGGGACCCAGCAGCGGCAGCAGAAGACUGCUGGAGCCUAGAGAGGACCAAAAACACUAAAAGAAUGAAAUAAUUAAAGAAAAUAUUGAAUUAAAUUAAAUGGAGAAAAUAUAGAAUGAUAUGUAAGUUAGAUGGGAUCAGGUUGGCAGCUAGUAUAGAAACACGAGUGUGAGUGUUUAUAUGAGUGUUGUGUGUGUGUGUAGCCAGUGUGUUUGGUAAAUGUAAGUUUGUAGUUCAGCCAAUAGCAAAGGAAACAAUAUGUGUGUAAGUGUUUUACUUUAGUUUAGUUUAGUACUUUAGUUUAAUUAGAAUUUGAGUCCCCAACCCUAACCCUUAUUUAUAGUAGUAAUUAUUCCCUCAUGCAAUGAGGGGAUAAAACAUUUGUUACAUUCAGGCUACAUCCAUCCAAAUAUGUGGCCAAUAUGUUAUAUGUAAAAAAAAAGAAGAAAAAAGGAUGGUGCCCUAUGAGGCUGACUUGUGUUGUUAUAAAACUUUGUUUGAACACAGCCAAGUAUACAAGCUGUUCCCAAAAAACGAUUGAGCAUGUUGUAUUGAUUGAUAAAACAACAAACAUUACACAACAAACAGCACAACAGAAACAACCCAAGUCUACCUCUGUCUAAAUGACAUGGAUGGAAUAUAAUGCAUGUGCACGUGAACAUAAACACACACGUAAAGGUGCACGCAGAGAAGAAAAUCGAGGAAAAUUUUUCAGCAAAGGUUUUUGCACAAACUUCAACAAUAUCACUUUGAAUACUUUAUAUGGUGUAUUUGAAUACAGCAUAGAUAUGUUGAUAAAGCAAAGUGAAGAAAAACAUGCCAUAAUCAUGUCAGACAUGUUAUUAUGAACCUGAAAUGCAAUUUCUGUAGUCUCAACAGUGUACUGUCAAACCUGUGUGUAUUAUCUCACAGGUGUAGCGAUCUGCUGUUCAUAAUAAUGUGAAUGUAACCAAGAUUGAAUAAAGAUUUACUUUGGGGCCACCUGAA